UAACGAUUUUUUUUUUAUUUACAGUUUCACUAACGUGCGAUUAGUACAGUAGCGUGUUUCAGUAUUUUCCUUAUCGGCAUCCGUGCAAAAACUACACAAAUCAGUAAAGAAAAAUCUUAUCCAGUGAUUUUAUAAAAUAUGGCUUAACAUUUCGUUGAACGUUGGCAAUUCUUUGCUAAACAAAGACAAGACAAUUCGAAAUAUACAAUUUUGAUACUAAAUACAAGAUUUUUGAAUGACACAUCCAAUACAACCAACAGGGAAUAGCGCAACUCUCCAUAACAACUCGGCCACCGUGGACUACGUAAAUUAUGAUUAUCCGCAACCAUCCAAACGUGGUCGUGGCUAUGCGCCAACAGGCGAAUUCGAUUUGAGUCUCAUACGAGAAUUUCGUGCACGUCCUGGCUUUUACGACCGCAAUUCAGCCAGUUUCAAGGACAAACUGCAUACAGCGCAUCAAUGGCAGGAGAUUUCCAACAAAUUGGGCUUUGAUGUGUCCUUGCUGAAGGAUCGCAUGCUGCAGCUGCGCAAUCGCUAUAAUCUGGAGAAGCGUCGCCUCGAGCAAGUACGUGAUGAGAAUCCUGGCCAAAAUAUUGAAUCACCAUGGCCGCUGUUUCAACAUUUGCAUUUCCUCUCGGAACACAUACGGCCGCGUCGUUCGUACAAAAGCAUGCAACCGCGUACAUCGCUUGCGGACACCGGCGACGAUGAUGAUGAACAACAGCCCAGUAGUCGUCAGCAACAGUCGGAACAAUAUUUGCAACAACAACACCAGCAACAACAAAUACUGAAUUCAACAGCAGCGACAAUUGGAAAUCGUGAUUCGUAUAGCGAUGGCGGCGGCGAGGGUGGUGGCAACAACAGCAGCGCUGAUAUGGCAACAUUCGCUAAUGGUCUGUUAGCCGUUAAAAUGGAGGAACCCGAUGCAGAUGAUGCAAAUGCCGCCGAUGAAGAAUCCGCUAGUCAGAGCGGUGACGACACCCGCAGCGCGCAUCCCUUGAAGCUAAGCGCCGCUUCGACAUUGCUCAGCAUGCAACAACGCCAGCCACAUUCCAGAUCGCCAUAUAAUAGAAGCCAUCACGCUGCGACAUCAUCGUCAUUGGGCGCCUUAAGUAAGCGCCCAUUGAAAUAUUCCGCUUCACCUGCACCACUACAACCGCCAGCAAUCAAAAUACGCCGCUUAGAUACAAUGCAAGAGCGCACUUCGUCGUCCGGUGGCGUUGGUCUGCAUUCACAAUCGCAUACAAACAUUCCGCAUAGUACAUUCAAUACCAGCCACAACAAUGACAACAACAAUACAAACAAUGCUGUUGGACAGCGUAAGGAGCCGCAACAGCAGCAGCAGCAUACUUUGGCGUCAGCACGUUCUGCUUAUAAUAAUUUACAAAUCAAUCGUCGUUGUUUGAGCAAUUCCGAACAGAAGUAUGCCGCUUUUGGUGAAUUCGUAUCUGCUUCGCUGUUGGAGUUACCCGCGACUCGCGCACUGCAAUUGGUGGAAAAGUUCACUUCGGAGGUGGUGCGUGUGCUGUUGGAUAGUAAGGAGAAGAGCGCACAAGUGCCAGCGCAACAAAGUGCGAUUCAGCCGCAAUUAACGCUGUCCGCGAUGCAACCAUUUCAGCAAAUCAACGGCAACAUUGGUGAAGCAGUGAAUGUGAAUGGUGUUUGAAUAUACUGCUGCAUACACUCUUAAUAAAAUACAUCUAAACAUUAUUUAAUUUUAUUUAAUGCUAUACUUUUUUUUAAUGAACUGACUGUCUUGUGUUUUCCUAUAAUGUAUUGUUUUAGUUAUUUCAUAUACUAUAAUAUAAUAUUUUGCGCAAAGCUUGUGUAUUGAAUAAAGUUUUCCGCAUGUGCUUUUAAUAA